AUGAACUGGAGUUAUAGGCGCAAAUGGGCAGCUACUGUAGUCGUGUCUGCGUUCGCCUUCAUCACACCUGUUACAUCUUCUAUUAUUGCCCCUGCAAGCCUUCAACUCACCGAGCACUUCGGUAUUGGCAACAGCACAGAGUUGGCUUGCGUAACUUCCAUAUUUGUUCUUGCAUAUGCCUUUGGACCGUUGCUCCUCGGACCCCUCAGUGAACUGUACGGACGCUCAAGAGUACUUCAGCUCGCAAACUUGUGGUAUCUGGCAUGGAAUAUCGGUUGUGGUCUUUCCCAAAACACUAGCCAGAUAAUGGCUUUCCGUUUUCUUGCUGGCCUUGGAGGCAGCGCGCCGCUUUCGAUCGGCGGUGGCGUCCUCGCAGACUGUUGGAAGCCGGAAGAAAGAGGGAAAGCUAUCGCUCUAUACUCCGUCGCUCCAGUGCUUGGACCAGUCAUUGGUCCCGUUGUCGGUGCAUGGAUCGCACAGAAGUCGACUUGGCGAUGGGUGUUCUACUCCACAAGCAUCGCAGACGCAGUGAUCCAAGUCCUUGGUCUGUUCUUCCUGAAAGAGUCCUUUGCUCCUCUCCUCUUGGCGCGGAAGGCGAAUGAAUUGCGGAAGAACCCGACGGAGAAGGCUGCACGCGCCCGUGAAAUCCGUUCGAAGUUUGACAAUGCGGAUCGAGAAUGGAAAUCUACUAUGGCACGAGCACUGAGGCGGCCACUCAUGCUCUUCAUCCACGAACCGAUCGUCCAGCUUCUCGGGGUGUACUUCUGCUUCGUUUACGGCUUGCUCUACAUCUUCCUCACGACGAUGCCUUCGAUCUUCGAACUCGUCUAUCGCGAGACCGUGGGGAUUGCUGGGCUCAACUACUUCGCGCUUGGCGUGGGGUUAGUCGGUGCAGCGCAGCUCAACGCGCUCAUGUUGGACAAGCUCUACAAGCACUUGAUGCAAAAACACGGCGGCGAAGGAAAGCCUGAGUAUCGACUCCCGUCCAUGAUUCCGGGUACGCUGCUCACCCCUAUCGGCCUGCUCAUUUCUGGGUGGACAGCUAAGCGCAGUAUUCAUUGGGUCGUCCCGGACAUUGGAAUUGCAUUAGUUGGCGCGGGAACCAUUCUGAACUUCAUCAGCAUCCAGACAUACGUCGUCGACGCCUUCUCAAUGCACGCCGCCUCCGCCCUGGCUGCGAUCACCUUCCUGCGCAGUCUCGCAGGUUUUGGCUUUCCGCUCUUCGCUCCCUCAAUGUACACGGCGCUAGGGUACGGCAAAGGAAAUUCUAUCCUUGCCGCAGUAGGGAUCGUCGUCGGUUGCCCAGCGCCAUUCAUAUUAUGGUUCUAUGGCGAACGCAUACGGAAGGCGAGUAAGUUUGCUCGCCAUUAG